UUGAAAGUGGGACACCUGACGGAUCGUGUCAUUCAGAGGAGCAAGAGGAUGAUUCUGGAUACUCUGGGCGUUGGGUUCCUGGGAACCAGUACAGAAGUGUUUCACAAAGCCACUGAAUAUAGUAAAAUCUACAAUUCCAAUACAUGCAGCACUGUUUGGGGCCGACCAGAGCUCAGGCUGCCGUCAACAUAUGCUGCCUUUGUUAACGGUGUGGCUAUUCACUCAAUGGAUUUUGAUGACACAUGGCACCCUGCCACCCACCCUUCUGGCGCUGUCCUUCCUGUCCUCAUGGCUUUAUCAGAAGCUCUGCCCCCAAGUCCAAAGUUUUCUGGCCUGGACCUGCUGCUGGCUUUCAAUGUUGGGAUUGAAGUGCAAGGCCGAUUAAUGAAUUUCUCCAAGGAAGCCAAUAACAUACCAAAAAGAUUCCAUCCCCCCUCAGUGGUCGGAACUUUGGGUAGUGCUGCUGCUGCAUCCAAGAUUUUAGGGCUCAGCAUGACAAAGUGCCAAGAGGCUCUGGCUAUUGCUGUUUCUCAUGCGGGAGCACCCAUGGCAAAUGCUGCCACUCAGACUAAGCCUCUUCAUAUCGGCAAUGCUGCCAGGCAUGGAAUAGAAGCUGCUUUUCUGGCAAUGCUGGGUCUCCAAGGAAAUAAGCAGGUCCUGGACAUGCAGGCAGGGUUUGGGGCCUUCUAUGCCAACUACUCCCCCAAAGUACUUCCAAACCUAAAUUCCUACACUUGGCUGCUGGACCAGCAGGAUGUGGCCUUCAAGCGUUUCCCUGCACAUUUGGCUACCCACUGGGUGGCAGAUGCAGCUGCAUCUGUGAGAAAGCACCUUGUAACAGACGGAGUCCUGCUUCCCAUUGACCACAUUGAAAGAAUUGUGCUCAGAAUUCCAGAUGUCCAGUAUGUAAACAGGCCCUUCCCAGACUCAGAGCAUGAAGCCCGUCACUCCUUUCAGUAUGUGGCCUGUGCCAUGCUACUCGAUGGUAACAUCACUGUCCCAUCAUUUCACAAAUGCCAGAUCAGCAGGCCACAGGUGAGAGAGUUGCUUGGUAAGGUGGAGACUGAGCAUCCUCAAGACAACCUCCCAAACUUCAACACACUAUACUGUGAGAUAAGUGUCACCCUCAAGGACAAUAUCACCUUCACUGAGCGCUCCGAUACCUUCUAUGGUCACUGGAGGAAGCCACUGAGCCAGAAGGACCUACAAGAGAAGUUCAGAGCCAAUGCCUCUAAAACGCUGUCCUGUGACACAGUAGAAAGAAUCAUCGAGACGGUAGAAAACCUGGAAGACCUAGAGGACUGUUCUUUGUUAGCCACACUUCUGAAAGGACCCUCUCCACUGGAGAUGGUUUCAAAAUCGAUCCAGCAUUUAACAGUGCCAGCAUACAAUCUCUCCUGAGGUUCUCUGACAUAUAAAUGACUAUAUUGGGGGAAAUUUAGUGUUUUGCUUUAUAGAGCAAAAGUCUGUACUUGGUCUGCCCAGGAAUAAAUGCAGCAUGGUGCAAAAAAUCUAGACAUAGAACUGGAUGUACAUGGAAGAAGUCUUGUCCUGUAACUUUGCAAGACUUUUCCAAUUUCCUAUAGCAAGAUAAUAUACAUGCAAGAAACACAGAGAAAUUGAUUGUAUAAGUAUCCAUAUUGCUGAAAUUCAAGUCCCUGCUGAUUUGCCUGUAAACUUAAUCUUUACAGAGAAAUCUAAUGAACUUCAUGAACCUCAAGACAUGAGAGAAAUUUGAACCUGCACAUAUAUUUGCUGACAGUGGAAAAGGGCUCUGAUCUGUUGUACCACCAACAGACUUCUUAGACCAUCUCCACAGGGCUAUUGGCUUUAAAUAUAAGAGCUUAAUGGGUUCAAAUCCUGCCUCCGCCAUUAACUAGAUGUAACCUCAGACAUGUUACUCGGUAUCCUUCUGCCUCAGUUUCU